UAACCCAGUAGAGAUAAAUCAUAAUCGACGAUUACUUAUUGAACGAGUACAGUUUCAUAUUCGAUAUUGAUCUCCGUUCAGAAUAAAUAAGCCAUUAAAUAAUUAAACGUUACUCUCAAUUGGUUCUUACGGAAAAUGAGAACGUGCGUUAAUACGUCUGUGGGUUUCUUGCGGUUUGCGAUCGAACCACAUUGAUAAAAUUAGUGAGUCGCGGAACGUCACUGAAUUAGAAGCAACGUUUCAUACAUAAACUUCUUUUUCAUAUAAAGAAGGCGUUGAAGGAGGAGGAGGAGGAGGAAGAGAAGGAAAAGAAAAAACGACAGCAUUAACGACGUUUGAAACGUGCAUUGAAAAAGAUAUUGAAGUAGGGGAAAAGGAAAGGUAUACAAAGAAGAGAAGGGAGUUAGGGAGGGGAUGAAAGAAAGAGAGGGGUAAGUGUUCGUAGGAAAAUAUCGGUGGGGACUAGUCUAGCUCGAAAGUCUUUCCAAGUUGGCCGGCUCGACUCACUACUGUUUUCACUAUGGCGUGUAUAGGGUCGAGUCGGCUCUGUGCUCGUGCGGAAAAACUGUGCCAGUUCGGACAUCUCUCUCAAAUAAGAAAGAAACUUUCAACGACGUUUACCAAAUCACGAGCGGAAAUCGAACGCGUUUUAACUACAAACGUACAACAAUGUCAAGUACUCGAACGAUAUUCGAUGCAGGACGAUUUAAAAGAAAUAUCGAAGUAUUAUUUCGGUGGACAAGGAAAAGCGAUACGACCAAUGUUCGUAAUUCUUAUGGGACGUGCUAUAAAUUAUCAUAAGAACGAAACGAACACUUUGACGAGCCUUCAACAAAGUCUUGCGAUGUAUGUAGAAAUGAUCCAUAAUGGUUCCUUACUUCACGAUGACGUGAUCGAUCAAGCUGAGUAUCGUCGAGGGAAACCAUCAGCAAAUGUUCUUUGGAAUCAACAACAGGUGACGUUGGCUGGCAAUUACAUUCUCACGGUUGCUACUAUAUUACUCGCGCGUUAUAAACAAGAUGAAAUAAUUAUUACACUAGCUGAGAUUGUAUCUGACCUGGUGAAGGGUGAGUUAAUGCAACUUGGCUCAAAGGAGACAGAAAAUGAAAGAUUUGCUCACUACCUCAAUAAAACGUUUCGAAAGACGGCCAGUAUGAUGGCUAAUUCGCUUAAAGCGACGGCACAGGCGGUUGAUGUCAACGAUGAAAUAAUAGAAAUAGCUUAUCAGUACGGUCGAAAUAUUGGAAUUGCAUUUCAAUUAGUAGACGAUUCUCUAGAUUUUGUCGCAUCCUUGGCAAUGAUGGGCAAAAAAACGGCAGUCGAUUUGAAACUCGGCUUGGCUACUGCUCCUGUUCUUUUCGCUUGUGAGCAGUAUCCAGAACUCAACGCGAUGAUCAUGCGUCGAUUUCAAGAACCGAACGACGUUGAGAAAGCGUACGAGUUGGUACACAAGUCGCACGGUCUUGAUCAGACGAAAUUUUUAGCAAAAAAACACUGUGCCGAAGCUGCCAGAUUGAUUCAAUCGUUAGCUGAAAGCCCUUACCAAAAAGCUCUGAUAGUUCUUACCGAUUUGGUUAUCAAUCGUAUUAAGUAGCAUCGUAUGAUCGAAUAAUUUACAUUGGUUUAAAAAUGCGCGCUAUAUCUAUAUAUAUAUAUAUAUAUAUAGAUAAUAUUAGUUGGUUUAAUGGAAAAAAAGGAAAA